CAAAACACGUGCGUUUUGUUUACUGCACCGAUUGGCCACCUUUUUCCAUAACACACUUCGUUUUAUUUUGCGGCAUCGUGGUGCUUUUAUAUUAGGCAAAGUAUUAAAAAAUCUAACAGCAUGAGCAAACUAUUCGAAGAAUGUGAGUGGGAAGAUGAUUUACCAACGAUCGGAACUAACUUCCGUUUCACGAAAACUAAGCAAUCAAAAGAACAGAAAAAGACCAAAGGUAAAUCAGAAUCCAGCAAUGAAGAUAAUGCAAAUGAGCCACAAACUAACGGCCAGCACGGUGCCGGCUGGUCUGUUCUGCUAAAAAAUCCCAAAAGCAAGAACGCAGAACGAAGGACAGCGGCAACAGAGCUCGAUGAGCCUUCGAAGAGUGAGAAACGCAAAGGGAAGAAGAGAAAAACCGAUGAUGUGAAUGGAAAAAGGGACGAAACGGUUGACGAUGCAGGGUCUCAAAAGCACCAGAAAAAGGUGAAACCGAAUGAAACCGUGACUGUUAAUGGAACUAAAAAACAGAGCGAAAAUUCAUCUCCCACCGAGCACCCGAAGUCAAAUGGUAGCGAGAAAAAAGAUAAGACCACAAAUGCAAAAGUAAAACCAGUCAGCUUGAGAGAAAAACUAGUGGAAAGUCUGAAAGGCUCGCGGUUCCGUUUCAUCAACGAGCAGCUGUACAAAAUCCCUGGCCAGGAGGCGAAAAAAAUGUUUCAGGAAGACCCGGCCUCGUUCGAAGCGUAUCACGAUGGCUACCGGCAACAGGUCGAGCAAUGGCCCAUGAACCCGCUGGAUCGAAUGAUUAAAAGUAUCCUGAAGAUGCCCAAAGAUACGAUUAUAGCCGAUUUCGGUUGCGGAGAGGCAAAGCUGGCGGCAUCCGUACCGAACAAGGUGUACUCGCUCGAUCUGGUGGCGAAUCACAACGGUGUAAUUGCCUGCGACAUGGCAAACACACCGCUCGAGAGCAACUUUGUGAAUGUGGUCGUGUUUUGCCUAUCGCUGAUGGGUACCAAUUUGGUUGACUUUUUGCUAGAAGCAAACCGUGUCCUUAAAGUUGGGGGCAUUAUGAAGAUUGCGGAAGUUGCGUCCCGCUUCGAGAACGUGAACGAAUUUGUCAACAAUGUGAAAAAGUGUGGCUUCCAGUUGCAAACGAAGGACCUAAAGCACAAGCUGUUCUCCUUCUUUAUCUUUAAGAAGGAUCGCACCGUCAUCAAAGGCUCGACCAAAAUCAAACAGUUUAGCUUAAAGCCAUGUUUGUACAAGAAACGUUAAGGGAAGAAGUGAAUCGAAAUUGAAUAGUAAUACGUUAAAAUAAAAUGAAAUAAAAUAAAUUCUUGACUGAAA